AGUGUUCCGGGCGCCCGCGGUGCGAUCCCCACUCCAGCCGGGGCCAGUUCCUCUCCGAGCCGGGCGAGGUCUGCGGCAGCAGCCGCGGGAGCCGGGCCGAUGCGGCCGCGUCGGUGGCUGCUCGGGCUGCUCGGGGCCGCCGCCUUCUGCCUGUUGGAGGGCAGCGGCUCCUCCUCCCACUUAAUCCGUGUGAGCUACAUUUCCGUGUCCAAGGCUGGUCCGGGGCUGCCGAACUUCUCAGCUGUGGGAUAUGUGGACGACCAGCUCAUCGCUCGCUAUGAAAGCCACAGCAAGAAGGUGCAUCCUCGGGUUUCCUGGAUGAGUAUGCUGGAGGAGAAAGAGCCUCAAUUCUGCAACAGGUACACCCGGAUUUUGCAAAAAGACGAGAAGGACUUCCAGGAGAACGUGCAGAUGCUCCAGAAACGCUAUAACCAAAGCGGAGAGUUUCACAUGGUACAGAUGAUGAUAUCCUGUGAAGUGUGGGAAGACGGAAGCAGGAGCGGGCGCUGGCAAUACGGCUACGACGGGCGGGACUUCCUUAGCUUCGACAUGAACACCGCCUCUUGGACAGCAGCCGACAAAGAAGCCCAGGUAAUCAUGCGGAUGUGGGACACGGAAACUGCCAUCCAUCAGCGCUUCAAGAGCUACCUGGAGAGCACCUGCACUGAGUUGCUGGAGAAGGACCAUCGGUACGGAUCGGGGAGAUUCUUGAGGAAAGAGCCCCCAGUGGUGACGGUGAGCAGCAAGUCAGAGGCCGAUGACGUGGAGACCCUCACCUGCCAGGUGUACGGCUUCUACCCCAAGGAACUCGAUGCCACCUGGAGGAGGGAUGGGGAGAUUUUGGAACAUGAGACCCUGCGGGGGCCUUUGGCCCCCAACUCAGACAAGACUUACUAUACCUUGCUCAGCAUCCAGGUUGAUCCCCAGAAGAAGUACCAAUACAGGUGUCAUGUGGAACACGAUGCCCUGCCGAAGGCUCUGUCAGUGGCCCUGAAAGCUCCAGAAUCCAACCUGGGGCUCAUCAUCAUCAUCGGCUGUGUCGUGGCUGCUCUUCUCCUGGUGUCUGUGAUUGCUUUGAUCCUGGUAUUUCUCAAUUCAAAUAGAGAUGUUCCCAGGAGUGACCCUCCUCCUCAGUUUGACGUGCCUCAGUUGACAGUUCCGCCAUGUUGAAUUCAUCUUUGCCUUGAGCUGUGUUUUCUCUGCGGCCUGAAGCAAUGCUGUGAAGAGAGAUGGGAGCAGAAGAAAGACUUCCACACAGUGCUUUGUUCAUGUGAAGAUGGUGCCUGUACCUCUUCCUGGCUCUGGCUGAGCUAGUUGGACUGCAGCUGAACUGAUGGGGUGUUUGCAGUUGUACUGGAAUGUUCACAAGCUUUUUAACUGCUCUGGGUGUUUAGCAGGCAGCAACACUGGGUUCACCCACUAUGGUAGACCCAGGCUAACAAAACAAGGUGGCUGUGCUCACAUAGCUGCUAUGUCAAAACAAAUAAAUACCUGAUUUAAGGUGAAGGCCUGCUUGAUACGCAAGCUAAGACAAAUGGCAGAGUUGCUUAAUGCACCGGCCCAAUUCUGUUUAAGCUUAAUUCAGCGUGUUCUGUGAAAUACGUCUUAAGGUUUGAAACAAGAUGAAGAGAUGGCGACUGAAGAAAAGUCAGAGGAAGCUCCUGGGCUGGGAUGUAAAUCCAGUCUGGCUGCCUACAGGUCUUGGCUUUAGAUCAGCAUUUCUCAAUCUUGGGAACUUUAAAAUGUGUGGACUUCAACUCCCAGAAUUCACCAGCCAGCCACGGGAGAAUUCUGGGACUUGAAGUCCACACAUCUUAAAGUUCCCAAGGUUGAGAAAUGCUGCUUUAGAGGAUGAAGGGGCGAUAUUGGCCAGUGACCGCAGGGAGAGCCACAAAUGCCUCUGGGGCCCCGUUCCUACCCCUUCUCCACUGUCUGUCCUUUGGGGUUUCUGAUUGCUUGGGGUCAGGAGGGGCACAUCCGAAAUGUUGGGAGAAUGUCAUGGGCGCAGUCCCAAGAGGUCAGGAACACCCUUUCAAAGAAAGGCACUGAUGACAAUAGAAGAAACAUCCGAAGAACCUUAGCAUGUAGCAAAGUCCUGGACGGAAAUGCCUUCUGUUCUGUUUUGCACCCCCGUUUUCUCUUUAGGUUUGCCUGCCAGAUCCUUCUCACCUCCCCAGACACCAAACCAUCAUGGAUGCCUCCCUCAUUUUUUCCCCUCUGUUGGCUUGCCCUGAAGCCCCGCCCCCAGCUCCUCCAUGCUGCUCUCCAGCCCAGUUUGGCGAUAAUAUUAUUAUUUGUUAAAUUUGUAUACUGCCAACCUACCCCAACAACUAUAGUAAAGUCAGGGCUGUCUCAGUUUUAAGCUAUACCUUAAUUCAGAGCUGCCCCCUUUCAGAAUGUGUUCCCUGCUGGAGAAAUACUCUGCCUAACAGGAUUGUUGCAGAAGUAAACUGGAGGGAAAUUCAUCUGGGUUCUCGAGAGAGAGACGGCCCGCGCACAAGCUUUGCUCCGUCCCAAGCCUCGGCAGUCUCUUGAAUGAUCUCUCAAAGACCGCAGUACUGCUCCUGCAGGGGCUGGUGGAAGAUCAGAGAGA